AUGCCCUUUUCGCGGUCUCUAGCCAAACAGCUGCUGGCCAGGUCUGCGCGAUCGCUCACACGACCUGUUUCAUCCAACCCGCUCCUACGCGUCGACGGCAAUUAUGCCACUGGCAACGAUGACUCAAACCAUGCUUAUAAACCCUCAAAUCUAGAAUCAGUGUGGAAGCUAGCUAGAACGUACGCGACAGCUGCAGCCAAACCCGCAGGCCGACCGAAACAGCAUACCGGUCGCACGCCCGCAAAACGCACGCCCAAGGCGACUAAGGAGGCUACCUCGGCGAAGAAGCCGGCUGCAAAGAAACCCAAGAAGAAAGCAGCCUCGAAGACCAAGACUGGAGCAGCAAAGAAGAAGCCCACUAAAUCAGCUCUACUCAAGAAAGCUCGCACAGACCAGGCAGACCUGAAAGCAGCUGCGCUGUUGGAGGAGCCGAAGCAACUCCCUUCAAAUCCCUACCAGAUCAUCCUGGUGCAGGAAACCAAGGGUAAUAAGGGAAAUGUGACAACCAGCGCCGCAGCAGCGUCGAACAAGUACAAAAAUUUAGCACUGGAAGAGCGAGAGCGGUACAACCAUGAAGCGAACCAGAACAAAUCCAAGAACGAGGAGGCCUACAAGCGAUGGGUGCAGUCCCACUCUGCACUGGAAAUCAGAAACGCAAACAAUGCCCGGCGCCUGUUGAACAGGAAAGCAAAGGCUGCAGGAAAGAAGAAGCACAUCAAGCCCAUCCAUGAUGACCGCGCUGUCCACCAGCCUCGAAACGCGUACUCAUAUUUCUUCAAAGAGAGGAAUGACUCGGGUGACUUGAAUGGCAUGUCCGUUGCCGAGCGCGGCAAGCUGGUGGGCCAAGAAUGGAAGAAUCUCUCCGCUGCUGAGAAGAAGCCGUACGAGGAUCAAGCUGCUGCGGACAAGACCCGCUACCUUGAAGAGUACAAAACCGUCUACGGCGACGAUCCUCCAUCAGUCAAAAGGCAGACAAAGUAA